AGACGGGAGGAGGACACACCUAAAAAUCAUCUCAUUUGUGACACAGGUGGCACAGGACGCUGAUCACACGCUGGAUUUGUCUCUAUUCUCACAUCUGUGGACAUAAACAGGUGUUGGAGUUAAGAUGUGUGGCUCACUGCUCCAGCGUCUCCAGGACUACCUGGCUGAGCGCAGAAUCCGCAGAACCAGACUCGUAACUAAAGAUGGACGCUGCAACAUUGAAUAUGGGAACAUCAUGUACAGAAAACACUUGUCCUUUCUGGCUGAUUUUUGGACCACCGUAGUCGAGAUCAGGUGGCGUUUUGUUCUGCUCGGCUUCAUCGCUUCAUUCACCUUGAGUUGGUUCAUCUUUAGCUUGAUCUGGUACUGGAUUGCUCGUGAUAAUGGAGACUUGACCUGGCAGAAUCCUCCUGAAGACCACACCCCCUGUGUGGACCAUGUAGUCGGCCUGACCACAGCCUUCCUGUACUCACUGGAAACACAGACCACUAUUGGUUAUGGUGGGAGAGCCAUCACCCCAAACUGCCCCGGGGCAGUGGCUUUUAUCAUCAUCCAGUCCCUGAUUGGAGCCAUCAUUAACUGUUUCAUGUGUGGAGUCAUUAUGUCCAAGAUCUCUUCACCCAAAAAGAGAGCCAAGACCAUCACCUUCAGUGAGAUGGCGGUGAUCAGCCCUAGGAACGGCUCUCUGUGCCUGUCCAUCCGAGUGGCCAACCUGCGGAAGUCCCUGAUGAUCGGGAGCCAGAUCUACGGAAAACUACUGCGCACCAGGAACACUCCGGAUGGAGAGACGCUCAUCAUGCACCAGGUCAACAUCGACUUCAUGAUGGAAACAGGCAAAGACAACCUGUUCUUUGUGUGUCCUCUGACACUGUACCACAUCAUAGACAAGAGCAGCCCCUUCUUUGAAAUGGCUGUGGACACACUCCACAAACAGGAGUUUGAGCUGGUGGUUUUCCUGGACGGGACAGCGGAGUCCACCAGCUCGUCCUGUCAGGUACGCACCUCCUUCAUCCCUCAGGAGAUCAUGUGGGGAUACAACUUCCUGCCCAUUAUAUCAAGGAGCAAAGAUAGCAAAUACAAAGUGGACUUCUCCAACUUCUCCAAAGUGGUGCCUGUGGCCACCGCACACUGCGCCUACUGCUUCCACAACAUCAAGGGACAUCACCACUUCUCCAAAACUGGACAUGACAACCCUGGCUUUGCGGUUAUAGAUAUAACUGACCCCCCGAAUGUCACCAAAAUGUGAAAAAAAGGAAGACCCAGGACUCUUCUUUGAAGCGAGUGUUGCGAAUGCAGGGCCUCAGGAGUCUCUACAUAAACAUGUAAAUGCCUGAUACAUACUCUUUUGUGUUGAGCACAGUUAAAAGACUGGGGUUCAGUCAGUCUUUGUGUAGUGCAGCAUUUGUAUGUAAAACCACACCUGUUACUGUUGGCUGACCAAGAACCUGUGUUAAAGGGGUCAGGCAAGCUGAAGGUAAAGGCAGAUUUUGAAUGAAUGAAAAAGGUUGUAAGAAAUAUUCCCUAUAUUUACCUAUUGUACUUGAAUGUUACUGUGGAAACACAGAUAAACAAAUUGAUUCGGAAUAAUUCUGGACAGGGCAAGUAAUGGAGCUCGCUUUAGCCAUGGCGCAAGAGGAAAUAAAGUGCCUUCUUAAUAAUGUAUGGUAGUAUGUAGUGCUCACAGAGAGAGACUGGGACAUGAACCAGGACAGUACUGAACUCUUUAGUCUCAGAGGCACUAGCAGAAGGUCGACUCAGGGAUCUGCCUCUGACUGUCUCUAAGAAUACACUGUGAGAAGCAACACUUUGAACACUUUGAGUUAAUAUGGUUUGCGUGUAUGUUUCUGUAUGUGUUCUCAGGAAAAAUACAUUAUAAUAAAGUGUUUUUUAUUAAAACAUGGGUUGCGUGUCAUUGCGCACAUCGUUAAAACUGCAUACGACUUAGCAAAAGGUCAGAGCAUCAUAGUGACAGGUACUAGCCCUUAUCCAGGCUCAUCUCUGUAAACAGGAGAAGAUGUCACACCAAACAGCUCUCACUCAGAGAAUUAGAUAAGAGCCACAGCACACGUCCGUGUGUUUACCAAAACACUCCCAACAUGAAACCAGAACUCUGCUUUAACAAGUGCAGCAGCACAGCUGGACACGCUCCAGGCCGACCUGUCACAUGACCUGUCACAUGACCUGUCACAUGAUCUGUCACAUGACCUGUCACAUGACCUGUCACAUGACCUGUCACAUGACCUCUGCCCGACAUGUCUGUGUCCACGUCUCUGUACGGAAUUGUAUGAAUAUUCAAAACUACAAAAACAGCCCUAUUAGAGGUAAAAACAUUUAUUUUGUCACAUUUUUUCUAUACAAAAUCCCUUUUUCAAAAGGUAUCACUUCAUACAUUUCAGGAAUGACAAUAAUAAUUACCCAUGGUUAUUUGUAAAUUAUACACAUAUAGAUUUACAUAAUAUACUUUAAUAUCCAAAUUACAUUGCAUAUAUGAAGUAGCACAAGUCCCUUUUAAUUAAUACUGCAGGUGAAAAAGGAAGAUAAAGGCACAUGCCGCACAUCUUCCCUUUAUGCUACAAAAUACAUAUUUAUUUUACAGAAUAUUUAAACUUAUAGUAAAAUCCAAAGAUGUUGUGAAUAUUUAUUGAUUGUGUUGCAUAAUACCUGAUAAUCUACCUGGUCCAGAGCUCUGGGCUGGUGUGUCUUUAUGAUCAUGCAUAAAGCUUCAGCUUCGGAGCAUGUAUGGAAUAUGCUAGUAAAUAUCUUGUGCUCCUAAAUGCACUUUAGGUGUAAUAACUGGAAUUCCAGAAAAAAAAAAAAAAAAAAUUAUAUUAGAAGGAGAAAAAAAGAACUUCAAAACGAGUCGCCCAAAUGUACACAUAUAAAACGCCUAAAAUGUUACUCAAACUUAGCAAAAAUGGACUCAAAAAGUUGUCAUUUUUGACCGAGGUCAACUCGUAAUAAUUCUCAUGACUUUUAAUACUGUGUCACAUAUGAAAAUAACUCUGCAUAAUUUAUACAGUAAGUUGCUUUAAUGCCUAGUUGACUGAUGCUCAUAUAAUAAUAAAAAUACUUCUGACAAACGCACAGCGUUUGCGAAUCUGAAAUGGUUUCACUUCAUACUUCAUGGAUUUGCUCUGAUAAACCUUGCCCAAAGUCAUUUCUUUUCAAGUGUCUAUUCUUGGAUAUACGCUUUAGAAAUACAGCUGUGAACACCUGAACAUGGAUAUGUUUGUAAUACUGAUACAUCCUGAUAAAGCCUUCAUCAGAUUCAUCUGCAUUCACUGGGCUCCACAUCAGUGAGAAACUAACAUUCAAACGCAAACUGGGAGCCAGCCCGACAGAAAAAUGACACUUCUGUUUGGUUUGACUGCGAUGGCUGACACUCAGAGACACGGACAGCGAGAGCAUCAGAGUGCACUUUUAAAUCACACAUUGUCAGAUCAAACACUAAGGCACAGUCUGUUCGUCUAAUAAGAUUACCGCUAACGUUGAAUGCCGAGGCCCUGUUCCCUGUGUAUGGCACUGGUAGAACACGAAUGGACUGGCACUGUAAGGCACUUCACCAUCUGCAUCUCAAAAAACCACACAGUGCUUUUAGCUUCAUUAAGAUUAUAAUACUGUGUGUUCAUACAGCUAGCUCCUUCAAAUGAAAACAUCUGACAGGUUUUGAUCUGACUUUGGGGCAAACUUCUGCCACAUGUUUCACAAACCAGAAGACAUUCACAUUAAUACUGACAUGGCUGAGCAAACAAACAUCUGGAGACAGCAUGGCUGAAAGGCAACACAGCCAGAGCCUGUGUGUGGCCCCUGAAAACAACAGACCUGGGCUGAAUUAUUGUUGCAAAUUGCUUCAAUUACAUCUUGCCUUUGCUUUAAGUGCACCAGAGUCAACUGUCCACAACAGGCUCACCCAGGCCCACUACACAUACAGCGCUUUCUUAUAGCAUCUGACUCUCUAGCUUUCCAGUUUGGAGGAUAAAUUAAAUCAAAUGAAUGGCAUAUUCCAGUUGCCAAUUUCUAAAUUCAGUGCUGAGAAAAGUUCAUGACAUUGACAACACAAAUGUCUCCAUGAAAAAAAAAAAAAAAUCACAUAAAACAAAAA